GUUACGAAGAGAAGAGUCCACGAUGCCACGUGCCUUCAAACCCUCUCGGGCAAUCCAGAACAGAUCUCGCUCCGCUUCCAAGUCCAUCCCAAGCCACGUGGCAUAUUCCAGCACUUCCUUCUCCGUCGGCUCAUAGUUGGGGUCGAUCUCCUCCUCCAAAACGAUGCUGUCUCCCCCCUCCAUUGCCUCCGUCUUCUCCAAGUAUAAAGUCGUUUCAAGCAAGAUACGCUAAUGACACCCCUUCACGUCCUUUUGGGAUCUCUGUGUCAUUAUAAUAAUGCAGCGUCUCCUCGAGGCUGGGAUCUCUGUGCGAGUGGACAAGAGUGACUUGGUGGAUGACUUGAAGAAAGCGAUCAAGGCGGAGGAGAAGGACAAGUUGAAAAAUGUCGAUACCAACGACUUGCAGCUCUAAUUAACGAAGAAGGCAACGCGUGGUUGACGGAGGCAGACAUGAAAAAAAAAAGGUGUGAAGGAUAGGAAUGGCUUGACACCUUGGACGUUGCGGGAGCACCACUCAACUUGGUUGGCUAUUCAUCACUUCGUCGCUUCCUAUCCCAGAAUAAUUAUUAAGAAAAUAAAUAUUUUAAUUUAACAAAAUC